GUCAUAACCAAUGUACGCUCGACAAACUUUUUUGUGUCGUAUAAUAAAACAACGUUAGCAAUUUGAUUACCGGUGGAGAGAAAACUUUGUUUAUAAUUGCAUUUACGAUAUUUUUUAAAAAUAUGAGUAACUCCACUUUCAUCCUCGACAAUGGUGCCUACAUGGCAAAAGCUGGUUUAUCUAAUGAAACACUUAAAUUAGUUCCAAAUUGUAUAAUGAAAGCAAAGAGCGAACGUCGCAGACCCUUUAUAGGAAAUCAAAUCGAAGAAUGUAGGGAUGCUUCUGGAUUGUUUUACAUGUUACCUUUCCAAAAAGGUUAUCUGGUGAAUUGGGAUAUUCAGAAAACUUUAUGGGAUUACAUAUUUUCGAAGGAAUCUUGUUCGGUAAAUUUAAAUCAGUCGUCUAUGAUAGUGACAGAACCAGUAUUUAAUUUUCCAAGUAUACAGGAAGCUAUGACGGAGAUCUUUUUUGAGGAAUACGAAUGUCAUAGUCUUCUGAGGAUAAACGCAGCGAGUCUUUCGUGUUACAAUUACAGAUCUGAGAAUCCUAAUACGAAAUGCUGCAUAGUAGUAGACAGUGGUUAUAGUUUUACGCAUAUUGUACCUUAUAUUAAUGAUACAAAAGUAAAAGAAGGGAUACGAAGGAUAGAUGUAGGUGGCAAGCUUCUAACAAAUCACCUAAAAGAGAUACUGUCUUAUCGUCAGCUGCAUGUUAUGGAUGAAACAUAUGUAAUUAAUCAAGUGAAGGAAGAUUGUUGUUUCGUGUCUCAAGAUUUCUUUAAAGAUAUGGAACGAGCCAAAUAUAAGUUGGAGAAAAAUACCAUUGCUAAGGAUUAUGUUUUACCAGAUUAUACGACUCUGCGACGUGGAUAUCUGAAGGAUCCGGAACCAUCUAAUGAGCAACAAACAUUACGUUUGACUAAUGAGAGAUUUGCCAUACCAGAAAUAUUAUUCUAUCCAUCGGAUAUUGGUAUUCGACAAAUGGGUAUACCCGAAGCAGUUAUAGAUUCCAUCAAGACUUGCGAUGAAGAAACAUGGCCUCAUUUUCUAUCCAAUAUUAUUCUUACUGGUGGAAAUGCAAAAUUUCCGGGAUUUAAAGAUAGAAUGUACAAAGAAAUUAGAAGUUUAGCUCCAACAGAAUAUGCCGUAAACGUCUAUUUACCACAAAAGUACUUUAUUAUUUUAUUGUCACUUGUAUCUUAUAUUGCAAAAAAAUGUACUAAUAAAUAUUCUUCUACUUUCAGUCCCAUUAAUUAUUCAUGGUAUGGUGGAAAAAAACUUUCACAAGACGCAAUGUUUUCAAGUCUUUUGGUAACAAGGGAAGAGUAUGAAGAAGAGGGACCAUCUAUAUGCUUUGAAAAAUUUGAUAUAUAAUUCUGUCCUUAUUGUAUAUUAUCCAUUAAAAUG